CCUGGCUGGGACCGCCGUCUCCAUCCUUCCCUUCUUCAGGCCAGGGGUGGGAACCAGCGCAAGCCUCUGAUGCACUAAGAGCAUUUGUGGGCCAACAAUGGUUAUCCCCAGCAGUUGGUUGCCUCUCUACUUUGGGAGCAUAGGGCUGUGCUAUAUCUUGCUUUUCACUUGCAUGUUUCUCUUGCACUGGAGGAAAGUUAUCCGGCGGGAGCGACAAGCCAAAGCGUGGGUUGAACUGGUGAAGAGUGAAAUGUUCUUUCCCAACCCAGUAGUUCACUGGGCUGACAAGAGAGUCAAUUAUGGGAUUAAAGCAGAAGUGUACGCACCUGAAUCCAGUGCCAGCACAAAGCAGGCAGGCAAAAACUCUGCCAGAGAUGACACGGAUGGGGUCUUCGUUUCUUCCCAGGUAGAGGCGGAUCCGUGCAAACUGGUAUUUCAGGAAUUGCCUUUUGUUCGCUCGCUCUCCAGCCUGCCACCAAUGGUCAGUCACUCCAUCUCUUACCCCUUCCCGGCCUUUCCAUCCAGAGCGGUUCCGUUCACCUCUCUUCCUGACCUGGAUAAAGUAGAGGAGAGCUGGCACUUUGGCAGCAGCUUGACUUCUGAAAUGUAACUAGGUCAUGACCCACAGCAGACAGCAACAUUAAAUAGAAGAGCUUAUAUAUUUUAGGCUAACUCAAAUAAAACAAGGUGUUU